AUGUCGGCAGAGACCUCGCCCAGAGCCGUCCGCUUCUCCGACGGCGACGACGACCCAACCAAGGCCCUGGCUUAUCGUCCACUUGCUGUGACCAACGACUCCGGCGACUCAGGCUCAUCGGGCGACUCGCGGCCAGAGGCUAAUGGCUUUGGCGAAUUCGAGCACCAAGAUGAACUAGGUACUCUCCAUCACUACGUCGACCAGGCCGGUCAUGCAGGCUCCAUGUCGUCCAUCACUUCCGAUGCACUGGCUAAUGGCGCUGCUGGUCGCCAUCGCUCAGCUACAGACGGGGGGCCCAUACAUUCUAACGGAACAUCUACGAGACCGCAACGUCCUACCGGCCCGGCAAGGCAACCUUCCAACACCUACAGACCCGUGCGCCGACCGCAGCCCACUCCCGUUGGUUACCCUGAUCCUCGCUCCGCCUCCAGGUCACGAAAUCUGCCCUCCAAUUCGACUUUCGCGCGCCAAGAAAGAGCAUAUGUUCAACGACUAAACAAUGCUCGGAAACAAGACUACCCAUUCCCCUCCGAGUUCGACCCCAUAAGCUUCGGUACACAAGGUGAUCCGGACAGCGACUCCGAGGGCGAGACCCCUGGGUCAGAAGCGCCGUACAGCACCGAACAGGACGACGAUGCGAGGAGGCUCUUCGAGGGUGACGACGACGAGGAGCUGGAGCCGACCGAAGAAGAUAUCAGAGACCCAGACAACAGGGAAAGAUUGGAGUGGCAUGGCAUGCUCGCUGCUGUCCUCACUGGCGAUGUCGUGCGACAAGAGAAGAAACGUCUCAUCGGCUCAUCCGAGCAGGAGGUUGGAAAGACCGCGCAGAAGGCAGAGCUAUGGCUCGGCAUACGAUCACGCAUAUGCGGUAGACAUCUUCCGGUCCAGCGCAGAAUGGUAGAAGAUGCUCGUGGCACCAUGGAUCGAACCAUCGAGGAAAUCAUUCACUUCCAGAUUGCUGGGGAGAGCGAGGCUGGCAAGCCCCCAGCGGAUCAAGUUCGCGAUAUGGUCGGGAAGAUUGAGAGGCUGGAAGGCUUGUACCCGUCAAGAGAGGCUAUGCUAGCAGCACAUAGCUCAGCAAGAUCUGCCCUCUUCACAGAAGCCUGUGACGCCAUAACCUCUUGGUAUAAUGUCAAUGAACUCAUCAACACUGAGUUGACUGUCCUGAGAAGAUGGGUUGGCAACGACGAGCUGGAUUUCCUGCGAACUAGGGAACGAUCUCCCAUCGGUAACGCGAUUGGCGACGAGUCCUCUUUUCUCGAUAAGUUGUUGAAAGAGGACGGCCUCAAGUCAUUACACGACCACAUUGAGGAGGACGUUGGUGGGAUGAAAAGCAAGCGGAACAGCAUGCUGAGAGGCAUCUCAAGUGUAAUUCUCAAGGCGAAGGAAACCCUCAUUCACAAUGCGGAGGCAUUCAAAAAACGACACUUGCCCCCUUACAUUGAGGACCUUCUGACCUUGAUCAGCUUUCCUUCUCGCCUGAUAGAGGAGAUCAUCAAGGUCCGAUUAGCGUACGCGAAAAAGAUGAAGGAAUCGGCACAGCAAAACCCGAUGCUGCAGGAUCAGAUGAUAUCUCAAUUCCAGGUUCUAUUGAAUUUGGCUAUUGGCAUAAAGAUUGAAUAUCUGGGCAUCUCACAGCCUGAGCCCGGUUGGGAGCUGCCCCCUUGCAUUGACGAGGCCUUUGACCAGGCUGUUCUGGACGCCUUGAAGUAUUACUUUAAGAUGCUAAACUGGAAAUUGAGCGGUAACAAGAACACCUUCAAGGAAGCCGAGCUCCUAUUUCAGGAGUGGGAAUUCAUCAACGAGAUCGGGAGUCACCUAGACCAUGGUGACGUGGAAGUUGCUGAGCAGUUCAGUAAUCUGACUUUCAAAGCCAUCAGGCGCCUGAGCGACACCUUCGAAAGAGAGCUCCAGCGCAAGCCAAGAGAGAGCCCGGCCGAGAUGAGCAAGAGAUACAAACAGAUCUUGGACUCGGUUCGAGUGCGCCAAAGAAUGCUGCAACGGUUUUCUAGAAUGCUGAGCGGAAACUAUGAAAACGCUGCGGACUUCAGCAUCGCGUUUGACCCCGAUCGACUUCACGACCUAUUCGCAAGGUUGAUAGAAUCCGGUCAUUUCCAAAUCUACACCGCAAGCAUCGAACAUGAGGGGGUUAUUCUGGUCGCCUCGCCAUCGCUACACGGCCGUCAUGAGGAGAUACAGUCAAUCAUCGGCACAGCAUCUUACGAACAUGUCUCUGAAGACCCAACUGAUCCAUACAUUCUCAUGAUCCGGGCCGAGAAUGCACCCCAUUGGUACGGGCCGAAGGUCUCCAUGACCGUCCGGGAAGAGCCUCUAGACUUGAAGUUGGGCCAUCUGAGGCUGAUCGCCGGCGGUUCUCAGAACCGACUAACGAGCGCGAGAAAGGCUUUCUUGGAGCUCAUCAACAUGCACCUGGACCUCGUUGUUGAGCAACGCUCAAAUCUCAAGAAAGUCAACCAGAAACUCGGUGACAUCAAAAAGGUGGCUUACAAGCUGUCCAACACCUUCAUGGACAGUGUUGAGACUAUCCGUGCACAAACAAAGGGAAUGGAAGUGCAGGAUCUCAUCCAGACCUGUUUCAUUUUUGCGACAGAAUUCGGUCAGCGAUCUCUACUAUUCAUGGACAGCAAUCGCCGGCAGAUGAAUAACAUCAAGUUAACCAAGCUUGCGUUGGACUGGGUGAGCUUCAUCUGCGACGACUGCGUGUCUUCCGACCGAAAGACCUUCCGCUGGGCCGUCCUGGCUCUCGAGUUCAGCAUGGGCAUGACCCGUGGAAGACACAUUCUAGCCCUAGGAGACGAGGAAUAUGCCAGAUUACGGGAGAAGGUCGCUGGUUGCAUGUCUCUGCUUAUUUCACACUUCGACAUCAUGGGUGCGAGGUCGAGCGUUGCCGCCCAGGCCGAGAAACAGCGCCUAGAAGCCCUCGUUGGGCAAUUCAGGAGGCUGGACCAGGGCAAGAAUCUCGAUGACCAGACUGCUUCCAAAUUCGUUCUCGACCACCGUCUCCAAGAGCUCUCCAGGAUCGACGAGGGAAGGAAACAAAUUCUUGCGGAGAGGUCUGCCAUGGGUCGUGUGCUUGAAGCCUCGAACGAGGUAGACAGGUCUCUUGCGUACCUGUCAUCGACUGCCACCAACUUUACGAUGAGAUGGCAGCAAGGCCACUUCGUCGGCGGUGGUACAUUCGGCAACGUCUAUGCGGCAAUGAACUUGGAUACGGGACAUUUGAUGGCCGUUAAAGAAAUCAGGUUGCAGGAUCCGAAACUGAUUCCUACCAUUGCCACACAGAUCAAGGAUGAGAUGCGCGUGUUGGAGUCUGUUGAUCACCCCAACGUCGUUUCAUACUAUGGCAUUGAGGUUCAUAGAGACAGGGUUUACAUCUUCAUGGAGUUCUGUUCUGGAGGCUCACUUGCCAACUUGCUCGAACACGGUCGCAUCGAGGAUGAACAGGUCAUCAUGGUUUAUGCUCUCCAGCUUCUCGAAGGCCUCGCUUACCUUCAUGAGAUCAAGAUCGCCCAUCGCGACAUUAAACCAGAAAACGUACUCCUCGACCACAAUGGCAUCAUCAAGUAUGUCGACUUUGGGGCAGCCAAAGUCAUCGCUCGCCAAGGACGGACACUCAUGCAAGAUAUGUCAGCUACGAAACCUAAUAAGUCCAUGACUGGCACCCCGAUGUACAUGUCUCCAGAAGUCAUCAAGGGUGAGAAUCCAGGGCACUUUGGAGCAGUGGAUGUUUGGUCCCUUGGCUGCGUCAUUCUCGAGAUGGCCACAGGACGACGUCCUUGGGCGAAUUUGGACAACGAAUGGGCAAUCAUGUACAACAUCGCCCAGGGGAACCCGCCACAGCUCCCGACGCCGGAUCAGCUCAGCCCAGAAGGCAUCGACUUCCUCAAACGCUGCUUCUCCCGCGACUCCACGAAGAGAGCUACAGCCGUGGAGCUCUUGCAGCAUGACUGGAUCAUGACCAUUCGGAACCGGGUAGUGGAGCCCUCGACCCCUAGCGAUUCGAGCGCCUCAUCCCAGACCACGCCGAACGCGUCUGCGUCUACUGGGAGGACUAGCGUCGGCGCGGAUGGAUUUUACUGA